AUGCUGAAGUUAUCGAUCAUGUCCAUGACCGUGCUACUGUUCUUCCAGUCCAGAACGACACACGCAACAGGCGCGGUUCCUACAGCCAUGACUCCAUCCUCGACGGCCCCUCACGCUACGCAUACCGUCAAAGUAGGUCCAAAAGAAAACCCUCAUCAAUACUCGCCGCACAACAUCACCGCCGCCGUCGGCGAUGUCAUCGUCUUCGAGUUCUACCCGCGCAACCACUCCGUCGUCAAGGCGGACUUUAUGGCACCGUGUGUGCCUGCUGCAGGAGAAAUCUUCUAUUCCGGACAGUUCAAUACCUUUAAGGAAAAUAACCAUGGGCAACUGGAAGGAGAGCCCCCCACCUGGUCCCUAGUUGUGAACGAUACCGAGCCCACGUUCUUCUACUGCACAGCUGUCGACUCCUGUCUCUUCAAUGGAAUGGUCGGAGUGAUCAACCCGAACGAAACAAUGACCUGGGAAGCACAAUACGCCCAAGCACAACAAUACCCAUACAUGCUCGUCCCGGGACAAUCGCCUCCAGCCGAAGGAACAGGUUACUUGUCCUCGGGUUCCAAUGCCCACAAGAAGAGCUCUUUCGGCGGUGGCGCCAUAGCCGGUACUGUGGUUGGCGGGGUUGCCUUUGUUGCCAUCCUCGUUGUUGUUGCAAUCACGCUGUGUCGGAAUAGGGAGAGACAGGGAUCAUCCUCGCAGGUCGGACGGAUGGAGCGGACGGCUCACUGGGCUCGCUUUGGUGGUCAUGGUGAGGAAAAGAGUGAGCAGGGAUUCGCUGCAUCGUCGUCGGUCGGAGGUCAUGGCACAUUAUCGUUGAGCUCAGGCGCCUCUCCGCCUGCUGUCUCGCCUCCUCUGCAGAAUGUUGGAUCUUCGAACUGGGAAUCUGCAAUGAAGCAGCAGCCGCCGCAAGAGAUCCGUCAACCAAGUGAAUUGGAGGCUACGAAUGUUGUUGGUGGGACACCAGGAGGGAUGUACUACGGAUGGAGGUGA